AGCGCAGUCGAGUGCGGACGGACAGACGGAGCGCGAUGUGUGCGUGAGUGUAUGCGUGAGUGUAUGCCGCGGGCUCGAAAUCGGAGCACAGCACGUGGUCGAACGCCAGGGACGACGUAGCGUAAGAGGAAUCGGGAAAUCGGAAAGUAAUCGACAACGAAAAUUGGAAAUGAUAAAAUCCGAUUGCCAUUUAAUAAAUCCUCGUAAGAUUGCAGAUUACACGAAGAGAAAUAUUCAGUCAAAUUAAGAAGGAUAAUUAGAUUUCAUAAGAUUUUUCGAUUUAUUUUAUUUGCUUUUGUUUUUUUCUUCUAACACUUCUAAACCCGAAAUAUUUUAUAUCGCGCAUCUUGAUAUUUACGGAACUGUGACAGUUGAGGAUUUAAAGAAUUAAAGGGAUGAUUGAGACUUUAACGAAUUAAAUAGCAGCUGAUCGCGUAACUUUCGAAUCAAAACGACCGAAGCGCGGUCCUAAAAUUUUUCUUUUCCGUCAACAUCAUUCGUCUAUCCCCGUCCUGGUCAGCGAUAUGCGCCGCGUCCAUAAAUAUUCUCAAAUCUGUGACGGCGGCUGGUAUUAUUUAUAGCCGCGAGUGGCCAUGUCGCGAGAGAACCACCUCGCCUGACGAUCCCGCCCUACCCCUUGAGUAAGUCGAUCGUCCGUGAGAGUCGGGCGUUCCUUCGGUCGUGUCGUCUGCAAUGUGCCCAGGCCGAGGCGUUCGGCCGCUGGAAAAUGAUCGAGAGCCGUAGGUGUCUAUCGAUCAUCGAGUAGUGCUGAAACUGCCCUGCUGCCGCCGGAGGGAAAUCGACGCGCGCGAUCGUGAUCGCCGUCGGAGAUCAACGGAAAUGCGUCGCCCCUGCUGACGAGCGCGUCGCGCUGACAUCCGCCGCCCCGUCUCACGCGACAACAAAGGACGUGUUCCUCGCGUCCUGCCCCGAGCCCCGAGCGCGACAGUUGAAUCCAAGUCCACGAGGGUGGAUGCGGCGAAUCCGUCCGUUCGUCGGAGACUUCGAAAUUUCGAGAGAUCUAUGAGAGAGGGAUUCGCGCCGAUCGAGCCGCGUAACUGUAAGGUUAUGCAGCGAAGUUGCUGGAGAAUAAAGACGUCAAGAUACUCUAUGCACUAGCUAAUACUUGAUGCGAACGAGAGAAAGAGAGAGAGAACGAGAGAGAGAGAGAGAGAGAGAGAGAAAGCGAAUGAGAAAGAGAAACGAGAGGAGAGAAGGAGAAAUCAGAUAAUACGCUAGGACGCAUAAUGUUUCGAUACGUGAUUCGGCAAACUUCGAAAGACUGAAGUGCGAGAUCCCCAGAUCAGCUGAUCAGAGGUUUGACUAGGCUUGAAUGAAUGUUUUUGGAGUAGAUACAUUGAGGAUAGUUGCCAAACGAGACACCGUCCGCGCGUGUUAAUACACGUAAUAAGAUAAACGUUAAGUUACCGCAAGGAGAAUAAACAAAUAGGUUAACUCAAGUUAAAAAAAAAAUGUCGGUGAGCAACUCGACGUCGUUGAGUACCAGCAGGGGCGGCAGUAGCCUUCAGAAUCGAAACUCGCAGAGAUCCACCCUUCUGAAAGUGGUGAUCCUCGGGGACGGUGGUGUUGGUAAGUCCUGCCUCAUGAACAGAUUCGUGUCGAAUCACUUCGACGAGCACAGCUUCCACACGAUCGGGGUGGAGUUUCUUAACAAGGACAUCGAGAUCAACGGCGAGGCGUACACGCUGCAGAUAUGGGACACCGCUGGCCAAGAGAGGUUCAAGACCCUCAGAACGCCGUUCUACCGAGGUUCGGACAUUUGCCUGCUCACCUACGCGGUAGACGAUAGGACAAGUUUCAGGAAUCUGGCGCUAUGGAGGUCCGAAUUUCUCAAAUACGCGGACGUUCAGGAGGGCUCUACUUUUCCGUUCAUCGUUGUUGGCAAUAAGGUAGACGUUCCCGAGUCCGAGAGGCAAGUUCCCAUGGAAGAGGCUCAAGCUUGGUGUUCGGAAAAUGGUAAUCCUCCAUUAGUUGAAACAUCGGCAAAAGACGCCACUAAUGUUGAGGCAGCUUUUGGGGCGGCGGUUGACGCAUGGGCGCGGCUGGAAGCUAGAUUAGAGCGGCCUUUAGUGGAAGAUACUGUCGAUCUCUCUAAACAACAGUCCCAGCAUCGUACGAGCUGCUGCAUGCCCGUUUCUGGCACCGAAUCCACAUUUGUGACCAGAUAAUCGAAAUGGGCGGUAAGAAGAUAGACAGCACACACAACACACAGUCUUUAUGUGAUGCAAAUUGACAUUUCUGGAAUAAUCGCUUAAAGUUUUCUUUAUGUUUGGAAGGGACACACAAAACGUCGCACUAUUGAAUUCGUAUAAAACGGUGCUUGUUCUAUUUCUAGGAUCUAUAAGGAUACACGUUAGAACUGUAAGAAACAUUUUUUUCUUUGUUUGGCCUGUCUCAUUUUUUUGUCAUAUUUACAGUAAGACGCUCGAUAUUCUUUUAAAAGUUUAUAGUACAUAGAGAAUCUGAAUGGGCUUGCUAAAAUAAAAGGUUUUGAGUAUAACUGAUUUCUUUUCGGUUUCAGCUUCAGAGAUAUAUAUUUUUAUGAAUUACAACUAGAAUAUCAGUUUCUUUACUCUUCGCAUGCUUUGUUUCUAGGUCUAACAAAAUAAUUUGAAGAGAAUCUCUCUUGCCUGUCUGCAAUACUCUCUUCAUUAUACGAUGAACUUUAUUUAUUGACACUGGAAUUGCAUCGGUUGUGUGUAAAUAGGCUAUACUGUUUGAAAUUUUUUACUUAAGACACCAGUUAAAAUAUUCAAAGAAUGUACGUGCGGAUCACAUAGAAUAUUAUUAGCAAUGAACGAACGCUUCUUUUACCAGCUUAUAUUCUCCUUUUUAUGAAUCUUAACGAAACACUCGAGUCACGGAGAUCGCAUAUAAGACAAAUAAUAUAUUGUGAUUGAUCUUUCCAAAAUACAACUUUAAAAUAUAAGAUCAGAUUAAACGUC